ACCGUACCUUACUAAGAAGAAUUUUAGGAUAGCAAGAAGUGCACUUUGAAAAAAGAAUUGAUAUUAAUUAUAUGGAUGCAUUUAUAAACGCUAUCUAUAUACCUAUAAAAAUUAAAAUUGAAAUAUUUAUUCGGAUUCUAAGUUCAUUUGUAGAUGGAUUUCUCAAAAUAAAUACAAGAAUAUAUAUAUUUUAAAGAAAAAGUGUUUAGUAUUAAAGUUUUUGAAGAAUGGCAUUUUAGAGUUUAGAAAAAAUCUUUUGGAUGCGUGAAACUGAAAAAAGAAUUUUAACACUCUAUAUGUCAUAAAGAUCUUUUGUGUUGUACCAAGUUUGUUAAAUUAUUUCUCCAAUUAUUCGUUUAGAAGAUUAUUAAUACCUUUAUACUAUUUAGAAUACAAAAUUUAUUAAUUAUUGUUUACCAUAUUAUUUAUAUGUUUAUGAAAAUGCUUUUCAUUGAAAAAAUGGAACAUUUGCUAAUUACUAUAAUAAUUUUAGAAAUUUUGCCUGAUUCCAAUUAGAUUGAUAUUCUAGAAAGUUUUAGUUGUUUUCUCAUUUUAAUAUUAAUAAAAAUUUCACAAUUUGUUAUGAAAUAAAUAAGAUUUGAAUAACAAUUGAAAUUUCUUUAGAGUUUUCAAGAUUUUCUUAAUUGUCCUUUUAGUGAAGUGUUUUUUUCUUAUAGGAACUUUAGAAUAUGUAUUAUUAUUUAUAUUGAAAUUGCGAAGUCAUUUUAGAUUUACCAAUCUUUUUAAAUUGUUUAUCUAUUGUUUUAUAGAAAAUUGAUUCUUUAAAGAAUGUAAUAAUAAUUAAUAAUAUAUUAAUAAUUAUGA